UCGCGGGUGUUUGACAGUGACAAUUUCAACAACUCCACGGCAAGAUUAAGGAAGUACAAUCUAUCGAAAAUCCCAGACAGGAAUGACAGGAUGUUUGAUUUCCUAUUCUGAGGACAGUCCCUGAAUGCAACAUACCCGAGGAUUAGUAGUAGGCAAAUGAAAAGAGAGAAUUUGGACUUCUGGCAACUUUUCAGCGGCGCUCAGCAAAUUCAGAUCUGCUGUCAAACGUUAAAACAUAGCAGGGCUGAGCCAUGGCCAGCUUUCAGAUUCGGAAGUAUCGGGAUGAUGACGCCGAAGCAGUGAAGGAAGUUUUCACCUUGGGGAUGAGCGAGCACGUACCUUCAUCCUUCAUGCACCUCCUGAAGCAGCCGCUUACCCAAAUGGUGGUCAUGUGCAUGUUUUGCGCUCUCCUGACUAGCUCCAAGUCCUUCCUGCUACCCAUCCUGGCCGUUACCCUCCUCCUGGCCGGGGCCCGGCAGUCUGUUGUCUACAUGUUCAGCAGAUACAUCGACACCUCCCUCAAAAAGGACCUCAACAACAUCAGUGAGACCUACAUAAAUCAGAAGGACUCGUGUUUUUGGGUGGCAGAAAGUGACGGUCGGGUGGUCGGCACUGUGGCUUGUCUCCCUAAUGAGAAUGCACCGGAGUGUUUGGAGCUGAAACGCAUGUCUGUACUUCACACUCACCGCGGGAUAGGCAUCGCUAAGGCUCUGUGUCGGACAGUAGCUGAAUUUACUCGCGACAGGGGUUAUGCAGCAGUCAUCCUGUACACUUCUGUGGUGCAGACAGACGCUCAGAAGCUGUAUGAGCACAUGGGCUACGAGAAGACAGGAGAGUUUGUUGUUCCUGAGCUUGUUGCCAAAAUCACAAACUUCACUGUGUUUGAGUACAAACUCAAUCUACAGAGGGAUGGGAAACAGGACUGAGUGGUCUUAAACUAAGACACAUAAAGACUGUCACAUUUCAGAGCGACAGAACCGUCCGUUCACCCAGUUUCUAUCCUCAUGUUUACCCAGCAUGCAUCGCAGGUCAGGCAGCCAAACGUUCAGGAUAUGUGAGGUGACCUUAACACACUUACAGGAAAAUGAUAGGCAUGUUUUCUAUGAUAGAUGGAUCAUUUAUUAUUGUUUUUUAAACAAAGUUGUUUAAUAGGUGAAAUGUGUUUAUUGAGCUUAACGGCAAUUUAAUUAUUAGUUUUUGUGAAAGAUUUAAUUUCUACAUGAUAUUGAGAAUAAACUAACACACCUGAACAUGCUCCUACAA